AUGUCCGACAGUGAAUCAUUAAACGGUGUGGGCUUAUUCGAAGAACCAGAGGACUUUCUACCAGAAGCUCCAAAGCACCACUUCAUCACUUAUAAGAGAGAAAACAUCUCAUCGGUUUCAAAAUCAAAGAAGCAGGACAUCGAAUUAAGAUUAGUGGGCUCCUCACCAUUGUGGGGUCAUCUUUUAUGGAAUGCAGGUAAAUAUACAGCUAUGCAUCUUGAAUCUCACCCAGAUUUAUUGCUAGACAAAAACGUUCUAGAACUAGGUGCUGCGGGAGCUCUGCCCUCAAUCAUUAGUUCGCUGGUUGGUGCUAAGGAAACAGUCGUCACUGAUUAUCCCGAUCCUGAAUUAAUCAGUAACAUCAAACACAAUUGUCGCGAUCUUUCAAAUGCCAGAGUAGAGGGAUACAUAUGGGGGAACAGUUAUGAAGACAUUUUACCAAGUGAUGGCUCUGGGAAGUUUCAAUUAAUUAUUUUAAGCGAUCUUGUAUUCAAUCACACAGAACACUAUAAAUUGCUAAAGACAACGAAGGAUCUUUUGGAUAAGAAUGGUAAGGCAUUAGUUGUGUUUUCGCCCCAUAGACCAAAACUUCUGGAUGACGAUUUACAUUUCUUUGAAAAGGCUGAAAAGGAAUUCAAUUUCAAUGUUCAAAAAAUUGAAAUGACUAAUUGGAAACCUAUGUUCGAUGAAGAUGAAGAAACAGUUGAAAUUAGGUCCAGAAUUUAUGCAUACUAUUUAACUUUAUAG